AUGGCGCCACCAGAUCGAACUAUUCUCAUCACCGGAGGAACCUCUGGCCUUGGUUACCAAGCUGCUGUCAAUCUUGCCCGCCGAUAUCCGAAUGCCAUAUUGAUCCUUGCAUCACGUAAGGAUAACAAUUCAUCAUCCGCUACCAUCAAAGAAUCCACAGGCAAUCGAAAUAUUCGCUUUCUCUCCCUUGAUUUGAGUGACCAGCGAAGCAUUAGGGUUUUUGUCGCAUCAUUGCCAAAGGAAAAUCUACCGCCAAUUUCGAUUCUGCUCUUGAAUGCAGGUCUCCAAUUCCCCGACGGCAUCCGAUACAACAACGACGGUAUAGAGGCCACCUUUGCGGUAAAUCACCUCGGCAAUGCGCUCUUGUUCCAUCUCCUCGUGCCGCUCUUGGCAGAUGAAGCUCGCAUCGUGAUCACUGGCAGCGCAACACACGACCCGGCUCAGAAAACGGGUGUGCCAGAUGCGAACUAUACGUCUGCUGAAGAAUUAGCACAUCCAAAGGGUGACGCACUGAAAAACCAGGGCAUCCAGCGUUACGCCACAAGCAAAUUGUGUAAUAUGAGUUGGAUGUACGCUUUGCACCGCAGAGUAUCGCAUCUAGCAAAGAAGUGGACGGUCGUGGGGUUUGAUCCUGGCAUGAUGCCUGGUACUGGUUUGGCGCGUGAAGGAGGGCCGGUGUUCAAAUUCGUGUGGCACUCUAUACUCCCUAGGAUGGUUCCUCUCAUCCGUCGAAUUGUACCAUUCAGUGUAUGGACUGUGCAAGAGUCGGGAGAAAAUCUGGCUUGGGUCGCCAGUGAGCAGUCCACGACCGGUGUUCUUUAUGAUGGGAGAAAGGAGAUUGAUCCUAGCGAUGCAACUAGCGACGAAGAGAAGCAGGAGGAUCUUUGGGAAUGGACUGUGAAGACGCUGGCAAUUUCUGAAGCGGAAAUGAAAGAGUUUCAAUUGGAUUGA